GUGCAACACAAUCUGAUGCAGGCAAGACACUGGGUCAGAUGGCGUGCCUCUCUUUUUGAUUGGCUGGCCCGAGAGGCGGGGGGCGGAGCCCGGCAGGCAGUAUAUAACCAUUGUUGCAGGACUGAUCUGGGAGCUCGGACAGCUGAUGAGGAACAGAGGAGUCACAGGAGACAGCAGAUUGUUGUUUUGCGAGACAAUAACCGUGGAAAUAAGCAACCUGAAGAACACAACGGACUCACACAGCGUCGUCUUAACACAAGCUCGAUCCGACCAGAGAAGAGGACAGACAUGCCUGCUCUCUGUGCAGCCAGCGAGGCCAGCGGCUCCCCCCACUCCCCGGUGGACAGGAGGCUGUCCUGGGGCAAACUGGUGCAGCGACUCGCCGACUUCAGCGCAUCUGGAAGCAGCAGCAGCAGCAGCAGCCUGGAGCUGGGCUACAACAACGGCAGCAGGAGCGAUCUGUCAGACUCAGGCUCUGACAUCUCCAGUGACCUCUCUCCCUCCGAUGAGGACCUGUUUUACGACCCGAUGGAGGAGACCAUCCUGAAGGACGUAGUGGAACUCAUAGAAGCCAGCCUGCGAGAAGCCAAAGACUCAGACUGCGCCCUGCGCUGCACCAAACUGCUCAUCCCGGAGAAACUCCUGGAGCACAUCGGGCAGGAGCUCCUUCACCUGGCGGCCAGCGAGCCCUGCGGCCUGAGGGGGGCCCUCAUUGACCUGUGUGUGGAGCACGGGGCCGUCUGUGAGAGCAUGGGGCAGCUGUCCGUAGACCCCUACCUGGUCCCCACCUUCCAGCUGACCCUGGUGUUGAGGCUGGAGUCCGACGGGCUGUGGCCCAAGAUCCAAGGACUUUUUAGCACAAAGUCUCCUUCCACUCCAGUAGUGAGACAAGAGAUUAAACUUCGGACUGGUUUCCGCGUGAUUAAGAAGAAACUGUAUUGUUCUGAAGAACUGCUCAUUGAGGAAUGUUGAGAAAUGCAAGGGAUCCUCAUUGUUAGAAAUGCCCAGUAAAUCUCCCAGAAGGGCCUCAGUACUCGUACUGUGUGUGUAAUGCCUUCUGCGUAAGGUGCGAGGAUGCACUUAGUCAUGACGAUGACUCUACUGUACGGUAGUCGAAGGUUAUGGUACGUGAGCGGAUGUUGCUCCUCAUCGACAUUCUCAUAUUUUCAAUUGCAACAUGUAACUAUCAUGCUAUAUAUGGUUAAUAGCAUUAUUUUGCAAGUAUUAAAGUGUGUACCUCAGUUUCUAUUGAAACCACAUGAUGGCAGCUAGCUCUAUGGUUAUAUUCAUUGAAACCCAUUGUUUUAUUUCCUUUUUUUCACAAAGCAGUUAACUGAUUGUACGUGAUGAAUUAUACCAUAAGCAAACCAUUAGGGACCUUUUAUAGUGACUGAAACAAAGGACUACCAGUGCUUGCCUUGUGCAGUAUAUGUGUAAAGCUGUGGCUAAUGAUUCCAAUGUACCUUGAUCCUGUAUCUGUGUAGCCCUGUCCUGCUUUUAACUUUAUUUAUUUGAUAUUCAAAUACUCAUAACAUUGCACUGAGUUUGUAUUUUCAUGAUCGCAAAUAAAUUAUUUUUUUUACA